UAGAACAAGUAACGGGUACCAGGGCAGUGUCAAAGUUUUUUUCUUUAAAGAAAACAACUAAAUAUGAGUUUAAAUAAAAAAAGAGUUGAUAGAAGUGAUAGAAGACUUUAUAUUAUGAGUUGGAAAAGUGUGUAACUCUUUCUGUUUAGAAGUGAAGUAGUCGCUGAAUGGGACCAAGAACAAGGCGGACAUGAACUUCGGCGUCCCCGCUAACUCUCUGCUUCUGCUCCGUGCAUGCGAUGAGGGGGACUAUGAAACGGCGCGGGGGAUCCUGGAGCCCGGGACCUCCAAAGAGUCCGGGCGGCAAAGCAGACUGCGCUCGGACGCUGGUUCGGAAUGCAACACGGCGGACUUGUUGUUGUCCGCGGUACCCGUAGACGGGACUGACGAGGAGGGCAACACCGGCCUGCAGUUUGCAUCCGCGAGCGGUCAUGAAAACCUGGUCCGGUUUUUGCUUCGAAAGGGGGCCUCGGUGGACAGCCGCAACAAUUACGGUUGGACGCCGCUCAUGCAGGCUGCUAGGUUUGGUCACCUGGCUGUCUCCCACAUCCUGCUGGAGAACGGGGCGGACAUUAAUGGACGUAACAGGCUCGGUGCGAGUGUCCUGACACUGGCUGCGCGCGGGGGACACACGCAUGUAGCGAAGCUUCUCCUGGAGAGCGGCGCCUACGUGGACGACUACGAUCAUCUGGCCGCCGCCGCCGAGGUCGUCUCCAACAGGAAUAACAAUAACAGCUGCAGCGCGGUGGGUUUCGGAGCCGGUGAAGGCUGCGCAGGUAGUGGUGUGCGGGAUUUCAUGGACAUCACGGCUCUGAUGGUGGCGGCUCAGCACGGCCACGAGGCCUCAGUGCGUCUGCUGCUAGAGUGGGGCUCCGACGUCAGUUUUGCACAGAAGACCACCGGCUGGGGUCCCCUUAUGGUGGCUACUCUCAGCGGGAAGGUGGCUGUUGCUCAGCAGCUGGUGGAGCGCGGCGCCGACCCAGACCGAGUCAACGUCUUGUCCAAGACUGCAUUUGAACUCGCCAUGCAGCUGAAACAGAGAGAGAUCAAGGCUUACCUGGAUUCCAUCACCACUGUCCGACCACAGACUGAUGACGAGAGACGAAGACCAGAUGUGUUCAGUGCCCUCAAACUGGGCAACUCCCAGCUCGUCAAGGAGAUCCUGGAAGAAGACCCCGGUCAGGUGAAUUCGUCCAAUCAGGAGGGUGCAUCGCCUCUCAUGAUAGCGGCAGUGAGCGGUCAGUUAGAAGUUGUGCAGCUGAUGGUGGAGAAGAAGGCUGACGUGGACAAACAAGAUGGAGUUCACGGGUGGACGGCGUUGAUGCAGGCCACGUAUCACGGAAAUAAAGAUGUUGUCAAGUACCUACUGAGCCAGGGGGCUGAUGUCAACCUUCGAGCAAAGAACGGCUACACAGCUUUUGAUCUGGUUAUGCUGCUCAAUGACCCAGACACGGAGUUGGUGCGUCUGUUGGCCUCAGUGUGUAUGCAAGUGGACAAGGAGAAGUCCAAACACCGUGGCAGGACAACGGCGGCUCAUUCCAAAAGCAGACAUGCUCUCAACAACGCUCCCGUGCUACCUGACGACAAAGGAGGCCUUAAGUCUUGGUGGAGUAGGAUGUCAAAUCGCUUCAGACGACUCAAGCUGACUCACACUCUGAGGCACGGCCUUCUGUCCAACCGCCUCGCUCCGUUUCCCGAUGACUCGGAGACGCCGCUGGACGCCACCAUGAAGGCUGACAUGAAGUUUGCUGCUUCCUCCAACGGGCCACUGGUACCCACUGGUACUCAGGGAGGAAGUGACAUCAGUGCGCUCUGGGCAGUCAAGAGCAAAGACGCAGGUCUAUGCAGGACGUCAUCCGAAAAGGAGGAUAUGCUCAUCACCACAAUGCUUCGAAGUGGCGCCCCGCUGACCCGACUACCUAAUGACAAACUGAAGGCAGUGAUCCCUCCCUUCCUGCCCCCGUCUAACUUCGAACCAUGGAACUCUGAUCGCUCACGCCGCCUCAACGAUGGAAAGAGUGAGGCACCCCGGCUGCCGAUGCCUCCUCAGAGGAAGUUGAACAGCAGCGGCAACUCGGAUAUCACGUCCAUCAGUCGAGUGGUGAGCAGGUCCAUGAAGUUCCCCAGCAUCCCGAAGGGGCCCUCCUCCUCCUCCUCUCCUUCCAGUUCUGGCCACUACCACUCCCCUCACUCCUCUGGGGGCUCUAAUGGAGUGGCGGGACUCAACAGGGACACACACAACCGCUCAGGGGGCAGUGCAGACGGUGUUCUGGCGCAGAUAGCGGCCCAAAGGAAGAGAGCCGCCGGCCUGAUUGAUGGGAACACUCAAGCUCCAGAGAAACAGCACAGCCAGUCUCUGAGCCCACCACCGCUUCCUUCGGCAGCCGCCAGCCUGCCGCUUCCUGAUAUCAGCCUCCCUGACACCCACUCCCACCCUAGCCUGGUCGCCUCGGAUGUCCCCUCAAGAAGGAAGAUGGAUUUGAAGAGAAGACCCCAGUCAGGGAAUUCUUCCACCUCCAAGAGCACAUCACCCACUCUGACCCCAUCUCCUUCCCCGACGCCUAAGCCCCCUGGCGGCCCGGGAGACUCCUUGUCGUCAGCCUCUUCCCAUCCGCGCUCCAAGAGUAGUGGUGGCUCUAGUAGCGGAACCAUCACAGAUGAAGAUGAGUUGUCAGGUAUCCUAAAGAAACUGUCCUUGGAGAAAUACCAGCCCAUAUUUGAAGAACAGGAGGUGGACAUGGAAGCUUUUCUGACUCUAACUGAUGGCGACCUGAGAGAGCUUGGCAUUAAAACAGAUGGACCCAGACAACAGAUAUUGGCAGCAAUAUCAGAGCUCAAUGCUGGGAAGGGUCGAGAAAGGCAGAUUCUUCAAGAAACUAUCCACAACUUCCAGUCAUCCUUUGGAAGCAGCGCCAGUAACCCGAGACCACCAGGGGAACCACGCUCGCCAACUAACUGGUCGAGACAUCAGGUUCGUUCCUCCAGUAAGAGGUAACCCUGUGACUUGACAGUGGAGCACAUUAGAGGGUACUUCAAAUAAGACUCAGAAGCUGCAGUCUUGUGGACGGUACCAGAGGAUGUUACGGCAAGACAACCAAAAACUGCUUUUCCAUACUUUUGUCUCUUGUCGUUACAAUUUUCCCAAGUAUUUCUACGGACCCUAAAGCAAGGACACAGCUGCUACAUACAACAAAGAACAACAAAAAGGGAGUGACACUGAGUAAAUGUGAGGGAUGUAGCCUGUUUUUAAAUGUUAAUGCUGGAAAAAAGGAGUUUAUCAAUUGCAAAACUGAGACUAAAAAGUAAAGAAGUUUAUGCAUGUUCUUCAAUAACAGAUGAUGCCAUUAUGAUUUAGCUAACAGAAUAAACCAUGUGACGUGCUAACCUCUACAUUUUGUCUUGUUAGAUUACAGCUGAAACAUGAGCAGCUAUGUUUUUAAAACUGUCCCAAGCAUAUAAGUGUUGUGGCUCUGUAGAUAGAAAACAUGUCAUCUGUAAUUCCCUUGAAAACCUCGCCAGUGAGGACAUAUGGUCGCUGCAACAAUAGGCUGUUGAUGUAUUUGCAGGGAUGCGUAUGAAAAUGUACCGCAAAUUCAAGAAAAAUGAAUAUCACAUGCGGAAUGUAAAAAACAUCCAUAAAGCUGCCAUAAACCUUCC